AAUGUGAACCCUGAUCAUGCAGAUGUAAUUCCUCCUGAACUUCUGAAAGAUGAAGACCAAAAUCACUAAGAAGACAAUUUUGAAGUUUUCUGGAAUACUGCUGUUAAUCCUUGUGCUUCCAGUUUUAAUUUUAUUUGCUGUUGUGAUCGGUAGGGCGUUUACAUUUAAAGUGAACACCGAACUUGGACAAUGGGAAAAUGCAACAACAAUUUAUCCCAGUUUAAAUCCAGAACAGAAAAAGCAGCUGCUGGAAAAUUUCAAGGUGGCAGUUCAGAUUCCCACAGUGUCAUUUUCAGAGUCAGACCAGAACACAACUGCCCUGCAAGAGUUUGACCUACUACUGAGGAGAGUCUUCCCAAAGGUCUUCUCAUCCAGUGUGGUCCAGCAUGAGAUGGUGGGAAGCUACAGCCACCUGUUGACUGUAUCGGGAAGCGAGACUGAUCUGAAGCCCUACAUGCUGCUGGCACACAUUGAUGUAGUGCCGGCCGAUGAGGCAGAUGGGUGGGAUGCUCCUCCUUUCUCUGCUCAAGAGAUCAAUGGCUUCAUUUAUGGACGAGGAACCAUCGACAAUAAACAGUCUGUGAUGGGGAUCCUUCAGGCGUUGGAAUACCUGCUGGAACGAGGUUACACUCCUCGGAGAAGCUUCUACAUUGGCUUGGGUCACGAUGAGGAGAUCAGUGGCCCACAAGGUGCUGUGAAUAUCGUGAAGCUCCUGAAGAGUCGUGGGGUGAAGCUUCUGUAUGUUUUAGAUGAAGGUCUCACGAUCAUGGAUGGUGUGGUAGAUGGCCUGAUCGGACCUGGCGCACUAAUUGGUGUGAGUGAGAAAGGUCAGGCCACAGUGAAGCUGAGUGUCAGCAGCGCUCCAGGACAUUCAUCCAUGCCUCCCAGAGAAAGCAGCAUCGGCAUCUUGGCUUCAGCAGUUGCAAGGUUGGAGAAGAACCGGAUGCCCAAUCUUUUUGGUCAUGGUCCAGAGCGUGCCACAUUUGAGCAUCUGGCACAUAAGUUUGGCUGGCCAUACAGAAUGGUCAUGUCUAAUCUGUGGCUCUUCUCUUCACUGCUCAGCAGUGUUUUGGAAGAACAGCCAGACACAAAUGCAUUUGUGAGGACAACAACUGCUGUCACAAUGUUUAACUCUGGUGUUAAGAUCAAUGUAAUGCCAGCAUAUGCAGAGGCCUUUGUCAAUUUCCGCAUUCACUCUUCCCAGACACUACAAGAGGUUCUAAAGCUGAUUGAAUCCACUAUAUCAGAUGAGCGAGUGAAGGUAGAGUUUGUCAGUGGAUUCGACCCGCUGCCCAUUAGCUCCUAUGAUGAGGAUACAUUCGGCUACCAGAUCAUAAAGAAAACAGUGCAUGACAUUUUUCCUGAAGUCACUGUAUCUCCUGGUGUCUGCGUGGGGAACACUGACAGCCGUCACUACACAGAACUGUCUCCGGACAUUUAUCGUUUUGCCCCAUCAUGGUACAAACCUGGAGAUUCUGCAAGAUUUCAUGGUGUGAAUGAGAGAAUCUCCAUCCAGAACUAUGAAGAGAUUGUGCAGUUCUACUUUCAGCUCAUGCAGAACAGUGACAUCAGGAACUUGCCAGGACCUCGCACCUAAACCUAAAUGUUUCCUAAACAGCAAAUAAGCAUAUACGAAUGAUUUCUGAAGGAUCAUGUGACACUGAAGGCUGUAAAUUAAUUACUAAUAUUUUACUAUAU